AUGAACAAGUCGUAUCCGCCUAUCAGCUCCGAUGCCGACGCAGCGUUACUAUGCGCCGCCGGAAAAGUUGCCUCGCUGGCUGCUGGGAACUCCCAACUAUGGCAUCACUAUCAAAGAAUUUCACUUUUGACAAUCACAAUGAACUUCAUUCUACUCUCAGUUUCCGCUUUCAAGCUAUUCAACAUCUCUUGGGCGGAGAUAGGGAAGAGGAAAAAGAACAUCAGACAAGCAAGACGAAUGCUCUGGGCGCUCGAACGUCUUCUAGUCAUCGAUUUUGCAGUGUCCAUCGUCAAGGCCUGCUCAAUUCUUUGGAUAGCUCGACAGAAGUGUGACGUUCCAAACCCAUACUAUAACGCCUAUGGAUAUAUCGAGUCUAUUGAUGGAUUCUUCCUCUCACUGGUACAUGCAGGCGGUCUGUUCCUUGUUGGAGAACUCGGCCUUCUAUUCUGGGGCCAGCCCGGAGAAAGGCAGCAAGUACGAAGCUUCUGGUUCGUCUUACGUCAAGGCUCUCACACCCUCGGUUGGAUGAUGGCGUUGGGCGUCGUCGGGAUCCAGAUAUCAAUCUCGAUUAUGAAGCAGUACCGUGUCUUGGGACUGCCAGGAGCGGGAAACGUACGCACUGCAUCGCAAGACCUUGCUUCAGAUGGCAUGGUCAAGAUCCUGCUCUUCUUCGUCGGGCUUCUGCUAUGCUUACCAUUCCAAUCAGUGGGAGGACCAUGGCUGUGGGGAAAUUUGCUCCUGACCACUGCUACUUGGACCUGGCGACUGGCCAGGGUCUUUGAAAAGAAGGGCUUGGAUGAGAUUACCCCUUAUGUUACCGCAUUAAUCGUAGACAUUUUCUACGCGAGAAUGCCAACUGUUUUUCUCUUGGCCAUGUUUACCUUGUUCUUGCGACCAGGUCGAUGA